AUGUUUCCAGACUGUGCUAAGCAAUUCAAAGAGGUCAAGACUCAUGCUUCCGGUGAAGAAACAGAGAAGAGUAUCAUAGAGAUGCUGAUAGAAGAGCUACAACAGAGAGAGGAGGAAGCAACCGAAGCUCAGCAACAAGCCGAUGUAAAGUUGCUCGAGGCUAAAAAACUAGCUUUGCAGUAUCAAAAGGAGGCUGACAAAUGCAGUUCAGGUAUGGAUACAUGUGAAGAAGCUAGGGAAAAGUCAGCAGAGUCACUGCUCGGUCAGAGGAAAUUAACUGUUUUAUGGGAGGAAAGGGCUCGGGAACUAGGAUGGAAACCCGGGAAUGUCAAACCUCACCGGAAUCAAUAA